AUGCCUGGAAGUCCUUUAGAAGAAGCUGGGGACCUAGCUAAGCCCAAGUCGAAGGAGAAAAAGACCAAAUCAGGAUCCCAAAUUAGAAAGAAAAGGAAGGUCCGAGCAGAGAUGGUAAAAAAGGAGACUGACAGGGCAAUUUUUGUGUCAGCAAAGGGGUUCCACUUCGAGGUCCAUUUUAGAUUUACCGACAAUGAACCUCAUAUUUUGCUGUCUCAGAUUGCUCAGAAGACAGCCCAGAAGGUUUAUAUUCAGAGAUCUGGAAAGGUUGCUGACUGUAAACAAAUUACUUGCGAUGAAAAUCAAGUCCUCUGCUUUGGGAAGGAUCCUGAAAAUAAACAAAGUUUUUCAUCCAAGGAAAAAAAGGAGAUGCCAGCACUGCAAACUACUGGAAUUGAUUUCGGUACAUUUUGGCAACUGCAAGAUGUUCUUGAUGUCAGGUAUAUUUAUUCCAAUAACAUACAUGCUAUGCUGAACACUUACGGAGUAGAAGCCGCCAGGGAAACUAUCAUCCGAGAAAUAAAUAAUGUUUUCAAGUCUUACGGAAUAUCCGUCAACAUUAGGCAUCUUACGCUAAUAGCUGACUUUAUGACUCAUGCUGGUGGUUAUCGUCCAUUGAAUCGAUUCGGAGGCAUCGUAGAGUCGAUAUCUCCGUUUAAUAAAAUGACUUUUGAGACAGCUUCCAAGUUUCAUUGUUGA